AUGUCCUCACCAGUAGCAGAAUUAGAAGCUGGCCUUCAAGCCAUGGUACAAUUGAAACCUCCUGGUGUAUCAGGAUCUCGAAUUCAAAGUCUCACAAACCUCUGCACCCAAAAUAUUCAGCAAGAAUCCGCCUUGGUUCAGAAAUUAUAUGUUCACUUUAAGAAGACACCCGGCACACACAAACUUGGCACCCUCUACGUCGUAGACUCUGUAACUCGAAAAUGGACCGAACAAGCCAAACUUGCUUCACAAACCAUAAAUAGUUCUGCCCCGGAUGGUACAUAUGCUGCUGGUGUACAUAAAGUAAAGGAACUGCUCCCCGCUUUUAUGAACGACAUAAUCCAAUCUGCUCCCAAUGAUCAAAAGGACAAGAUUAGAAAAUUAGUUGAUAUCUGGGAAAAAGGACAAACCUUCCCUUCCCAAAUGUUGAAUGGAUUUAAAGAGAAGUUGGAUGCAACAAAUGAAAGUACAACACCCACAGGAAGUCCUCCACCAAAUCUUCAGGCAACUUUGGGUUUACAACCAAGUUCAUCAACCUCGACUAUGGCACCUCCACAAACAGCAUCUGCGCCCCCUAACACAUCAUCGAUUUUAGCAGCUCUUGCAACUAUGGCAAAUACUGCCCGUCAAAAUCCUACUCCAACUCCAGUUGCUUCUGCCCCACCUGUUAAUCCAUACAAUGUAUCACAUGCGCAGAAUAAUCCUACUCAACCACCUCAAGCAGUAAACCAGAGCUUGCCCUUCUCGGUUGCUCCUCAACCUGUAAACGCCCCAGCUACUUCGAUGCCUGCUUAUGGUCAAGUUCCAAGUAAUGGAAUCCCGAACUUUGCCAGUAAUCCAAACCCUUUUCCAGUUGCUCCACCAAUGAAUCCUCCCGGUAAUCUCGAUCCAGCUACGCAACAGCAGGUAGCUUUAAUCAAGGCACUUGCAGCAACUGGUGUUCCUGCUGAACAAAUCGCUGGUAUUUUAGCUGCUAUGGGUAAUCAAGGAGCUGCAACUGGCGUGCCACCUCCGUUUGCUCCAAAUCAAAAUACUCAUACUCAAAAUAAUUGGGGUGUCAGAGAUGAUGCACGUGACCGAAAUGGGUUCCAUGAUUCGAUGAGAUCACCACCUGGUCGUUAUCGUCGUCGUUCUAGAUCCCCAUCUCCUCAACGUGGCUGGGGUGGUCGUGAUUCUCCCAAUGCUCGUCGUCGUGAUGAUUUUGAUAGAGAAUCUCCAGCACGUCUGAGAGGUGCAGAUGAUCGCGGUAGAGGUGGACGUGGCCGAGGUAAUGAUUACCGCCAACGCAGCCCGCAACGCCGCCGCAGUAAUACACCUCCUAGAUCAAGUACUGGUGGACCCAAAUGGGUUGGACAUGAUGCAUCAAUUGGUAAAGGAAAUAUCAAAGUUCUCAGUCGGACUUUGUUCGUUGGUGGAGUUACUUCUUCGGAACACGAAUUGAAAUCACUCUUCAAUCAAUAUGGUGAUGUGCAAACUUGCAUUGUUAACAAGGAAAAGCGUCACGCUUUUGUUAAAAUGGUUAGUCGUGAGCAUGCCGUCAAUGCCAAGGAGGCCAUGGAAAAGAAUAGAAGUCCUGAUUCCUCAUUGAGGACUCGUUGGGGUGUGGGUUUUGGGCCACGCGACUGCAGCGAUUAUCAAACAGGAAUCAGCAUCAUCCCAAUUAGCAAACUUACAGACGCGGAUCGAAAGUGGAUGCUCAAUGCAGAAUAUGGUGGCAGUGGAGGUCAAGAAAUCGAACCUGGCAUGGUUGUCGAAGAGCCUGAUAUUGAAAUUGGUCAAGGUGUUUCAUCCAAGGCAAUCAGUCGUCGCAUGCAAACCGAUAACGGCGGAAAGAAUGGUCCAAAAUCUGGUCGCGAAUAUGAGGAGGAGGAUAGACCUCGUUAUCGUCGUGAUCGAGAUGACCGUCGCGAUGAUCGUCGGGACGAAGGACACAAAUUUCCUGCCAACACUGUUCCCCCUGUCAUGCCACCAUUUCCGCUGGGCUCAUUUCCUUACCCUCUCCCAACUCUUCCUAAUGGGCUGCCAAUGUUCCCUCCUGGAUUUACCUUCCCCGGUCAACAGCCACCACCACCACCGGGUACAUGA